GCUUCCCUGUAUCCUCCGUUAUUGGAACAACAUUCAGAAGUCGUACGUGGAGCAUUCAACAUUUUACAUCUCAGAAAAUGCCUCUACCGGCGUCGCCCUAUGUGAUCCCAUGACAAGCCCGCCGUCUGAGGUGAUCGCAGCCUCAGAAUGGCAAGUCGUUGCCAAUAUUGCUAUGACAUUUGAUGAGAGCGAAAUGUCAAGGUAUGGUGAAUCUUUAAGGUGUCAUUGUUACGAGAAAAUCUUCUACUCAGUUUUGGUAUUAAAGGAAGAUAUAUACAAAAAUCAUGCUAUUCUAAAAUAGUAAAAUGAAACCAUUCUCGUCCCCAGAGCCAUUUCACUCGGUCGCUCGCUGAAAAUUAAGUUCCGGGUUAGACGACUGAAGGGAGAGGUCUGAUUGGCUUCUCAGAGAACUGCUAUUUCGCAGAAGUUGAGCAAUUUUCGCUGGGCAAAAUUAUUCUGGUCAACAUUUGUCAACACAAAUACUUCGUUUCUUCGUAAUACUUCACUGUGAAAAUUGUUAUGGGUGCUAACGUUCCUUGCAAGAUCUUUCCUUACAUGGAAGAUCUUGGAUUUUUAGGCUUGUCCAAAGCGAUUUUUACUCAAUCUGACCUUUCUAUCUCUAUUUUCUCUAUAAAUAAGCUUCCUAAAGCAAUCUUGACAUUCCGCCAUUUCAUAUGCGUUCUUGUGGGCCCCGAAUAGAUGUGUCAAACUCAUUUUACAGUUGGUUUAGAAUGUCCAUUUUUUAGUCCCCACCAAAUGUAAUACGAUGUCCUAAAUACAAGGAUAGUGAAGGUUCGUAAAUUAAGUCAUUAGACUGAUUUAGACGUGGUACUGAUAGGCGCGCCUUCGAAACAAAGAAAUUUUUCAUGCAAAAUUGUGAUCCCAACAACGUUAAACUAAGAGUUUCACGUCUUUGUAGCAACGUGAAUGUUUGUUGCGAUGUUAGAGGGGUUAAAUUGCCUCAUAGCAGACACCAGAUCGUUUUUCCCAAACUUAGCCGUUUGUAUAAGGUACCGUUAUGUUUUCAUGCUGACUAAAUGUUUGUGGUGUUUUUCUAGUGAUGACGAUGAGUCGAGUAUGUUUUCAGAGAGAUCAAAUAUUCCUUCUCCCAUAUCAGCAACAUCGCUAGCCGCCUGUAUGAAGGUUGAUUCAAUAUUUUGUUCAAACCUCGUUCCCAAGUUGUCUCUUGCUGCUACAGUGAACAACAUGCAGCUAACAGUUUAUAAUCAUAUGGAAAAUAUGCAUAGUGGUAAGGCUUGGUUUUUUAUUUAGUUUUAUAUUGCAUCGCCAUGUACUAUACCAUGCAAUGCCAUACCAUGCAAUGCCAUAUACCAUACCAUACCAUAACACACCAUACCAUACCAUACAAUACCAUGCCAUACCAUACCAUACCAUACCACACCACACCAUACAAUACCAUGCAUAUUAUACCAUACCAUACCAUAACAUAACACACCAUACCAUACAAUACCAUACAUAUUAUACCAUACCAUACCUUAACAUAACAUAACACACCAUACCAUACAAUACCAUGCAUAUUAUACCAUACCAUACCAUAACAUACCAUAACACACCACAUCAUACAAUGCCAUGCAUAUUAUAGCAUACCAUACCAUAUGACACACCAUAGCAUACAAUACCAUGCAUAUUAUACCAUGCCAUACCAUAUCGUACCAUACCAAGGUAACCAUACCAUCUCAAACCAUUAAUAAUUCAUGAGUAAAUUAUCCAACCAUUUCGCUCACAUGAUAAUAUUGGAUACCUGGUGAAGUAUAAUGAUACAGUCCUAGGACUGGAUACAGACGAUUGGAUCAAAAUUAAUUCACCCCACUUUAAUUUAUUAUUUAUUCGCACGAGAUGUCAUUUCAAAUCAUCCAAUUCGGCUUCGACUCGGACUUGAUCAAACUGCGCGGACUUGAAAUCUAGUCCAGUCCUCAUGGUCGGAUUUGAAAUAUUACUGUCAGAUAUUGAUCAACUCACAUACCUUUCCCCCUUUAGCUAUUGCUGAGAAGUUUAAAGGAUACACUUUACAAGAUGAAAUCCCCAAAUCGCAAGAGAAUCUCCGCGUUAUGGUUGAAAACUCGGCUAUAUUCAUAAAAUCAUGGCCAACAGACACCAUGCAAUGCCUCGUCUGGAGUAAUGCUCAUGCAGAUGUACUCGAUUACCGCGAGUUGAGGUGGAAGUCACUGCUAAGCCCAGUUGAUUUGACAUUAGCUUUUGUCAAAAGCAACAAUAUACAGGUUUGUAUAUGUUUAUUAAUUGUGUAUGAGAAUAUUAAAGAAAAUAUUAGGACAAUGAAAUUGUCCAAAUUGUCAGUCCAAUUCAACCUCUUUGCACCUUCAUCCCCAAAAUGUACUACAGUCAUUUGAGGUUCAUAUUGCUAUCGAAAAUGUGACAAUAAGAUUCCAACAAGAUUUCAAGAUUUCUGUAACUUUUAGAAAAACGACAAGACUGUUCCUGAAAAUUCUCCAGAUUGCUCACUUGAUGUAAGCUUUGGUGAUAUUGUUGUGGACGCAAGUCAAAGCAGAAUUCACACGCUGUCUGGAGGCUUACUGGCAUGGCAAGAUAGCGAAGAUCCUGUGUUGAGCCAUUUUAUCGUUUGUAAUAACACAAACCACGCGAUCAAAUUUGGACAGGUACAGUGUAUAAUGCUUGUCGGAGAAGUGAUUACGUUUGUCUUUCCGUUAGUAAACCUAUGUUAAAGGGUAUCUGGGCACAAAAUUUGAGUAAUUGAGAAUGUUUAUACUGAAAAAACCUUGAAGGGAAACGGCAACAUAUAUUUUUUUAUUUCACUUGAAAGAACUUUUAAAAUUAUAUGCCAAUCUCCUUUACCAUUUAUUCGCAUCUUGCUUGGUUUUUGAAAUAUUUUCACUUAAAAUAAUUUGCUGUCCGCCAUCUUGGAUAAAUUUUAUCUCAUCGGUGAUUUUAGCGACGUCAAAAGCAGGGUUAGCCAUAUAAAACUACAUCUAAAUGACCAAAUAACAGUAAGUCUUGUUUGAAAAGUCGACUUUGACCAAAUCUUUAAAAAUAUUUUACCAGCUUGUGACGUCAUAGAUAUGUUCAUUUGCAUGUUGAAACAACAACCCGAAAUAUCUCAGGAACGAAAAAAUAUAAAGUAAAGUUGUAAAAUGACUUAUUUUACAGUUUAACGAGUUCUUUCUGUGUAAAUAGACUUGAAUUUCAUUGCCCAUACGCUUUAAACAUCUUUGGGAUUAUUAUUGUAUAUUUUUGUAUUGAAAUAUCUCCCGUAUUAGCGAGAUGUGGACAGGUUUUGGCUCUCAAUUGAUAAGCAUCCUCUAUAUUUGUCGGCUAAGGCUUAUGGUCAGGGGGCGAAUGCAAACAGGGAUGCCUCUUCUAUUUGUGGUUUUGGCCUUUCCUUUCGAAGAGCCUAGACACCGAUCUUGAUAUAUUUUUCUAGGAUGGCACCGAGGAAAGUAUUGUCUUACGAAGUAAAGAACUGACAUUGUACAGCUGGUUAACGCGAAAUGAUUUAUGUCAUCAGAAGCUACAUCUCUGUCUGGACGGAGAGAGCCGGUGGUGUGAGGCGUUUGGUAUUGAUACUCCAGGAGUAACUAACCGCGCUGUACAAUUCAGUUUACAUACAGCUACUGUGAUUGUUGAAGUUAAGAAAAAAUCUGGUUUACAACGGGAGGUAGGUUCAUGUAUUAUUGAUUGAAUAAAAUGUCAAGUAAAAUCUCUGUGGGAUCUAAAUUGAAUCAAGGACUCGCACAAAACAUAAAUGCUGAGAGUCGAACCCAGGCAUUGUUGUCAGGUUGUUCACAAAGUUCAUAGCUUUAUUUAUAUUUCAUAUUAUUUAUGUUGUGAACAAGAAUAUUUUUGUGAGAAUUUUAUGAACUUUCUUAAAACAAAUAAAUGAACAAAUAAAGUGGAAGCGUUUUACAGUCAAUCCAAUUUUUUGAAAUUGGGAAAAUUUUGAAAAUCCAUAGAAGGUCAUAGAAUGGAAAUUGUAUGUACCUUUAUUGGAAAUAGAAUGGAUUUUGGUUAUCCAUAAUAAUUGUAUAUUUCCAUAGUAUGGAAAUAGUAUGGAAAUAGGAUGGAUAUACUAUGGAUUUAGUGGUGCAAUUGCAAAUUUCGUAGUAUGGAUUUCAUUUUUUUUCCAGUGGAUGCAUACUCAUAGUAACAUCACAAACAUCAUUUUAGAGACAAUGUUCUUCGGCAAUCGUCGGGUUACGUCUGAAACUGAUGAUUGUUCUGUUCGGCAGUUUAGGAAUUGUAAUAACGUAGGGUGUCCAAAUUCGGUUGGCUUUUUUGCUAAAAAUUUGCACAUUUUAUUGACAGGUUAUAAUCCACAGCAGUCAUGUGGUUCAAAACUAUACAUCACAUGAUGUCGAGGUUCAACUUCUUCAGAACCCAGCCUUAACCCAAGUCACAAGUCCUGCUCUUCAGGUAUGGAAAUUAAGAAGGUCAUGAACACGAGUGUCCUAUUUAGAACUGUGGAAAACGUUAUUACUUAAUUCAAAAGAUUUAAAUGCAGUCUAUUCGAUUGAUUUUCAAUUGUUGUCACACCAUUUCUACUCUCUAGAAUAAACCCUCUAAACUUUUUAAAUCUUUUUCGUCACAAACUUUAUCUAGAUUCUUCACAACAUAAUAGUUCCUUCCCAGUCCAGCUCGCCUUCAUACGUCAUCUCUCACGGUGGUCUGGCGGGAAUACGUGUCAGAUUAUGUGGUGAGACGACAUGGUCUGGUACACUGCCUAUUGAAGACCAGCUACCAAAUUUCAAGCAACAUUGUGUGGUCCAGGUUUGUUUUUUUUUUGUGUGAAAAAUUAUGUCCUACAAUAUGGCACAACCUCAGAAGGCAGCCACCUUCAUCAUGUACUAUUUGAAACACAAGCAGGCGUGCUUUAUCAGAUAUUUCAAACACUCAUUAAUAAUUCAUAAGCUUAUUGGCAAAUCAUGUCAACCAUAAUAUGUCACGUGCAGUGGCUUUAAACCUAAUAAAACACUCCUGCUAGUUUAUUAAACAGUACAAAAUACGAGGCGAAUAUAUCUGAUAAAGCAUGCACUGCGAGUGUUUUAAAUGGCUUAAAAAACACCCCCCAUCUUAUGAGUUCAUUGGCGAAGUAAUUUUAAAAUCAAAGUUGUCUGAGCCAAGAAAAUAAAAAAAAAACUCAUUGAUAUUAUAAAAUAUUUAUUAUUGUCAGCUUUCUACACCAUAUAUACAAUUAAAAUAAGACUAAAAAGGCGAUUUCAAACAAGUUUCGUCCUUCGGACCUUUUUAAUAAAUCGCCAUAUUGUAAAUAGAUAAAAACGAAUCAUCAUCUUGUCAAGAAAAUAUAUUUAAAAAACUCAUUAAUAAUUCAUGAAGAAAACACAAAGAAAAAUCAUAAGCGUGUCGUAUCUGUAUAUGUGAUACAGAUUCAUGUUGAUUUACAUAAACUUUAACUUUGAUUUUCUCGGCUUAGACAACGUUUAUUUUCAAAAUUACUUUUUUAAGUUUUCAAAAUUCGUUUUUUAAGUUGUUUACAACAUUCGCGUCCGUGUUGUAUCGGAUAUACAAACUCUCGCCUUCGGCUCGAGUUUGUAUAUCCGAUACAACACGGCCGCUCAUGUUGUAAACAUUACAUCUAACAGAGUAGUUAAAAAGUUCUUACAGUGUUUCAACGUGUGGCUUUUACGUACGCACUUUAAAAUUUACUUACGUUGUGUCAUUUCUUGCCUUCCUAGAUGUUAGGGACAAAAGAAUUCAAAAAUUUCUACAUUUGGUAUAACGCUGUCUGCGUUGACGCGCUUAUUGGACAGAUUGAGGUAUGUUUAGGUCAAGCCUGUGAUCAUUUCAACUUGCCCAGUUAAUCUGUAUACUGCUGUUUGAGGUUGACGAGCCCUGCCCAUUUCAUAUCACAUCUAUUUUCAAAAUUGCGCGACCAGGGCAAAAUGUGUCAGGUGACGAGUUGACAUGCCAGGUUGUUUACAACUUUGAGUCUGCCUCGUACCCAGGCGUCUCUUUGUAAAAAACAGCGAUGCGCGUUUUGGUACAAGGUGUUAACAACUUGUAACAAGCUUGACGACAUUAUCAGACUUGUUACAAGGUUAUUCUAACAAGUCUGAUACAGUCGUGAUAUAACAAGAAUGUUACAAGGUUGACGACACAAGUUUGUAACAAUAUUGAUAUUUCAUGACUGUAUCGGACUUGUUCGAACAACCUUAGUACAAGUCUGAUAAUAUCAACAAGCUUGUAACAAGCUGUUAACAACAUGCUACAAAUCUGAUAAUAUCAACAAGCUUGUCACAAGAUUGUUCUAACAAGUCUGAUACAGUCAUGAUAUAACAAGAAUGUUACAAGGUUGAUGACACAAGGUUGUAACAAUAUUGUUCUUUCAUGACUGUAUCGGACUUGUUGGAACAACUUUGCUACAAGUCUAAUAAUAUCAACAAUCUUGUUGCAUGCUGUUAACAAUUUGUAACCAGAUUGAAGGCAUUUUCAGACUUGUUACAAGGUCGUUCUAACAAGUCUGAAACAGUGAUUAUGUGACAAGAAUGUUUCAAGGUUGACGACACAAGGUUGUAACAAUAUUGAGAUAUCGUGGCAUUAUCACACUUGUUACAAGGUUGUUCCGUCAAGUCCGAUACAAUCAUGGUAUAAGAAUAUUGCUACAACCUUGUCUCGUCAACCUUGUAACAUACUUGUUAUGUCAUGUCUGUAUUGGACUUGGUUGGAAAAACCAUGCUACAAGUCUGAUAAUGACAAGAAGCUUGUCACAAGCUGUUAACAACUUGUAACAAGCUUGAUGGCAUUAUCAGACUUGUUAUAAGGUUAUUCUAAUAAGUCUGAUACAGUCAUGAUAUAACAACACUGUUACAAGGUUGACGAGAGAAGGUUGUAACAAUAUUGAGAUAUCAUGACUGUAUCGCACUUGUUGGAACAAUCUUGCUACAAGUCUGAUAGUAUCAAUAAGCUUGUACAAGGUGUUAACAACAUGUAACAAGCUUGAUGGCAUUAUCAGUAUUGUUACAAGGUUGUUGUAACAAGUCUGAUACAGUCGUGAUAUUACAAGAAUGUUACAAGGUUGACACACAAGUUUGUAACAAUGAAUGUUACAAGGUUGACGACAUAAGUUGUAACAAUAUUGUUAUAUCGUGACUGUGUCAGACGUGUUCGAACAACCAUGCUACAAGUCUGAUAAUAUCAACAAGCUUGUUACAAGAUUGUUCUAACAAGUCUGAUACAGUCAUGAUAUAGCAAGAAUGUUACAAGGUUGACGACACAAGGUUGUAACAAUAUUGAGAUGUCAUGACUAUAGGGUUGUUGUUCUUUUACUUUGUACAUAUAUCUAGCUUAUUUUUGGUUCAAUACACUGUAGAAGUCUUUUAUAAAUUUUAAUGGCUAUUUUUAAUACACAGCCCUCGUGGAAAGCAGGUGUAGAGAUAACUUUGUAAUCAUUGUAGUUUUUGUAAUAUAGUUUAGUUAAUGUAUAUUUGUAAAUCCUGAUGAGUAAUACCGUGCCUAAAUAAAGUUUUAAUAAUAAAAAAUAAUAAAAUAUCCUUUGUUUUUAGCACUUUGCUUGAGGAAAACUAACAUUUGAAAAGUAUGUGCCUUGUUUACUUAUUCUAAUAUUCCUUGCUCCUUCUUUAGAUAUCAUUUUCACCUUUAUUCAUCGUCAAAAACUACCUUCCUCAGACCAUUGAACUGACAACACGAUCCUCUUCCGCUGACGUCACCACUACCCAAGAUGCACCGGGCGAAGCUAAAGAACAUCAACUGUUUGACCUUCCGCCUGACUCGUGGCAUUACGUCACUUUCAAACUACCUCAUGCUAAAGUCUCUUCUAAUCCCUCUGUGCCCCUCAAUACCACCCUUCACGAGCUGACUGACAAAAUAAAGCGAGGUGAUGAGCGUGAAGAAAUGCCAAAUUCAAAAUGGCCGUUUUCAUCUAACUCUUGGAAAACGUAA